AUGGCGGCACAAAACAAUGUGAAGCCUCGCCGGCCCGCAUUACUCUCGCUGCUGGACCCCGUAUGGUUGUCACGAUGUGCCACCAUGCUGCAGACGCUCGCUGUUCCCUUUGCCUUCUACUUCAAGCCGGUCAUUGUUUUCGUUGCCAUGUCAUGGCUCUUCUACCGAGCAUACCAGGUAUUAAACAAGCCUCUGGAAGAGCUUGCUGGUCUGUUAGGCUUCGAUAUUCCUUCUGAGCCCAUCAUCGAUCUCGCCAGCAUCAAGGCGGAUGGUGCUAUCGUUCACAUCUCUUUACCCGAGAAACAGAAACCGAAGACUUCCAUGAAAUUCGAGAUUCACUUGAACGGCACUGUCAUUGACACAUUAUCCAUUCACGAAACCGCCGCGACGAUUACCGGCCUACAGCCUGAGGGGUUCUAUGUUGUGAGGGUAUCUUUGGUCAACAAUGUCGAGUUCAGUUCAAGAAGCGCGCCGAUCCGCUUCAGGACCAAGCCGGCCAAUUCAGGCGAUUUCUUCGUUAUCUCUGCAGACGGACAUGAGACGGAUCAAGAUGCUGCGCAUGAGGUCAUGCCGAGGGUCAGGCCGUUUAGGGGUUUGAAGGAUAUCGCACCUGCUUCACCUGAUACCAUACCUAUGACACGCGAGGGAAGCAGCACUGGUCUUGGGGUCAAACGUACUCUUACUGGAGGACGUAGACCAUCUCCAGUCAGCAUACCUUCAGACAAACACGAUCCACCCCACGAUGAGGGAGAGCCACCCGAGGGAGCCGAGACGAUCCAACAGUUGACGGAGAGGUUGGAUGCUGUUCGAAGGGAGACGGAUGAGGCGGAAAAGCAGGCGAAAGAGGAGGACGAGGAAGAACUGCGGCAGAAGGAUGAGCUGAUCAAGGAACGUGAUGGUUUGAAAGCAGAGGCUAUGGAGAAAGAGAGGGCAAGUCGGAAUCUGAAGAGGGAGGUCAACACACUCGAGCGCCAGAAUACGGCAGCACAGAACGAACGCACUAAGCAUGAGCGUCUGUUGCAACAAAAGAAGCAGGAGAGGCAGAAGCUGAAGGAUGACUUGAUUCGAUGGGAGAGGGAGGUCGAAGAGUACAAAGUGGCAGUCGAAAAGAUACGGCAGGAGAAGGAAGAAGAAGCAAGCAAGGCCACUGAAAAGCGGGAAGAGCUGCAAAGCAAACAAUCCGAGGAGACUGCGGCGGUCAAGGCUCUGGACGAUGAGAUCAGGGAAAAGAGCACCGAGAUUAAGAAGUUGGAGCGUGUGAUGCGAAACAACUCGCCUGGUACUAGCGACCAGCACGAACCGAAUCUCGUCCAACAAUUGCAGCAAGAUGCCGAAGAGAAGCGACAGUGGGAAAUCCAAUAUGGUCAAAUGCAGCAGCAAUACGCGAUGACCGUGCAAAAGCUCGAGCAGGCGAAACGAUUCUACGGCGAGCAGGCCGCUUAUCUGGAUACCCUUCGAGCACGCAGACGUCAAGAGGAAGCUGCACAAUACACUUCACCACCAGCCACGCAAGAACGAUUGCCGCGGAGAGGAGACAGCCAACGAAGUCGCAGAGCUCAGAGCGGACACAGCUCCUCGGACAGUCCACGCAUGGCUGGAUUCCCCAUCACUUCUGGUGCAUUUGGUCCUAGCAUGACUAGUACUGCCUCCAUGUUUCCAUCUGCGCCCUUCUUGAACAUCCACAACGGCAUGACGAUAUCUGGACCGACCGACGAAAUUGCCAUGACUGAGGAAGAGAAGGAGAAACUGACUGGUGGCGCGCCAAUGAGUCCCGGUGCAGGCGCUGAGUUGCUUCCUGCAGACUUGUUCGGUGAUGGUGAUAAGCUUGCUUCUGAUUUCGUUGCGCCUCUUCCUGGCCUUGGCUCGCUCCCAGGACUGCCAGGCAUACCUGGACCACCCACAAGCCAACUCGCUCAAGAAUACACUGGACAAGGACCUGCAUCUCCUGCCUCGGCGAGCAGUAGGUCGCCUAGUGUCUUCGCAAGUCCUCAGGCCAGUCAGCAGAAUCUUGCUCACAUAGGCUCACCUGACAAUGCCAUGGAUGCCGAUAGAAAGUCGAUUCGCUCAGUACGAUCCAAUCGUGCCACGAGUAAUGGUGGCGCUGGAAGCCGCUUCAGUGGCAUGUUUGGCAUCAAGCAGCGAGCAAAGACGACCUCAGCCGAUGAUGGUCUUGCUCUAGGCAAAGCGCAGAGCCAUUCGAUGCCGCGUCAAGAUCAAGGCAUACCCGGGAUUGACUCAAAUACCAGAAAGAGGAACAGCAGCAUAUCUGGGGCCGUCGUGGGCGGGUUUGGCAAUGAUGGUAGUUUUGACGCUCCACCACCAGCGGCCAGCUCUUCGAGACGAAGCCGAGCUUUCAAUCUCUUCAGCAGCAAGGACAAGAGCGAUGGAUGGCCCAGUGCGUUCACGCCAUUCGGUCGACGUCCAACAUCACCUCGACCUGUUUCAACCCAUUCGAACGAAUUGCCGCGACCAUCGUUCGACAGCAGCAGAUGGGGUGUAGAUACAUGGCCUUCUGGUGAUGCUGCAAGCGGGGCGAGGAGCAGCCCACUCGCUUUCGGCGCAGGCUGGAAUGCGCCUCAGCAGUCUCGUGUCUUCGGCUCUCGACAUCCAUCUCGACGACCAUCAGCACAGUAUGGUGCUAGUGGGCCACCAGAGGACAUCCUUGAAGAUGAAGACUCUGACACCACCGAUUCUCUUCGUGCCGCUCGAUUGGGUGCAAUCGGAACGAAACCCCCUCCUGGAUCCAAAAAGGCUGAAAAGGCUGCUGUGGAUGAGGACGUGCCCAAGCUGAAUCCUAACGCUAAGGACUUUAAGAGCUUCUUCUCGAGCAUGAAACUCAGCAAGCUGAAAGAAGGCGGAACUUCUUCCACCAAUGGCACUCCCAACCCUGACAAAGGCGAGUUCGAUGAGUCGCCGCCGAAUAGUCGCAAGUCGAAGGACACCCGCGACACUCGCUCUAUGACUACGAUCGAGUCCUCCAUCGCCGAGUCCUCUCGCAACUCCCAGGACCUUGCUCGAACGCCCUCCUACACCAACUCAGACGCCGCCGCCCCAUCGCCCUUACUCGGCGGCAGCUCCGCCGGCAAGGAAAGCUUCAUGCAAAAGCUCUCCCGCAAGUCCAGCUCCGGCAAAUUCGCGCUUCCAACCUUCAAACGCGAGAAGAGCAAGCUCGACUCCCCCUCCUCGAUCCCUACCUCCGCUCCUCCUACCACCGAAGAGGAGGACGACCAGCUCAGCGCGAGUGUGAGCAGUCUGCCGCGUGAGAGCAAGGAGGUUCAGAGGGGAAGCGGGAGGAACUGGAGCAAUGUGUUGAAGCUGGGUGGUGGGAGCAAGAAGAAGGGGAAUGAGACGCCGAGCUUGAGUGAGAUGAGCAUGACGACUGAUGAGGAUGGGGAAGCGGAGGAUCAGACGCAGUAG